ACCUACCGAUACCAAUGACACCCGACAUAAUUACAAUACAAUACGCGCAACCCUACUCGCGAGCGAGCUUGCUUCAAACCACUUGACGUCGCCAACGAGAAUCAAGCCGACGCCGCGGCCGCCUCUGCCUCUGCCUCUGUUCCCGUCUCCGCGCAUUCCCUCCGUUGUUACCACUCGCUCGCUUGCCUGCAGAAAAUACCGAGGCAUAGCUUGAACGCUGUCUCCGGACUUGACGCCCGCCUGAUGCGGUUGACCGACGCGCAGCCUCUGUGCGACCAACUACUCCAGCUGCCCCAAUGCCCUGGCGACCCUUACCUCGUAUCGCCUUCGCCGUCGCAACCUACCCCUUCGAAACUAAAGUCGAGAACGAGCUGCCCCUCGAGAUUGGCGAUGAUCUCUAUAUCAUCGAAGAGACACUCGAUGGGGAGUGGUUGCGUGGUUACCUACUAGCGCCCCCAUCCCUUCUCGCCGGCCUGACAUCAGUCAAGGGCCAAACCCUCGAGGCCCGCGUCUUUUCAGGCAUAUUUCCUCGUAGCUGUGUGGAGAUUCGUGAAGUACUAGGAGAGGGCGAAACUACUGAAUUACAAAAUGGCAGUGCCUUCCUUCAGAGAAGCGGGAGCGAUCAGGAUGCGUCACAGCGGUACAGCGACUCGGGCAAGAGUGGGAUUGCUUCAACUAACGGGAAGCGAGAUAUAGGCGUGGACGGCAACACAGCAAAAGGCCAGAGUCAAUCUCAGUUGGAAAGAGAAUCUACGAAACUCACGAAGCUAUCUAGGAUCGUGGGCACAAAUUCGGCAUUCCAGAAGCCGCCUGCGCCUGUACCCUUCCUAAGGAUGGGAGAUGAGUCGCCAGCGUCUAUUAACGAACCCCUCAUUGACGAAAUUGCUUCCUGUCUAAGAGAAUGGCACUCUACGAAUUUCCACGAAUUACUCUUAACCCGACAGUAUACGAAACUUGAGAGUGUGUCACAACUUAUCCAGACGAUCGACUUGGCCAGGCGCCAAUUACUGCACAGCCUUCUUACGGAUCGUGAAGCUGCUGCUCUACGAGUAAAGACUGUCUGGGACUUGGUACGCGGAAACAAAUUGUGCGGCGGGGAAGUUAUUGUGCGCGAUCCAGCCCAGCGAGGGAAAGUCCUGGUCGGUGAUGAUUCUGUCAUAGAAAUUACUAGACUACAGUCUGCCAUGAGCCUCCUCGAUGAGCCACCUCUGCCUCAUGUGGAGUCCAUGUCCCUACACCACUUUAUGGUGGAUGUGAAGAGCUUUGCUGGAUCCUCAAACGAGCCCGCUACUUUGGAUCUUUAUUUGGUGACAAAAUCAGUUGGGGGCUCAUUGACUACGCUUACGGAGACAUUUACGGCUGAGGUGCCGUCUGGUGGCAUUAUCGGCUACGCGCCACGGGAUUCACAAAUGCGCACUUUGUUCACAGACCUUACAUCGGCUGAUAUUGGGGAAGGGCCGUCUAUGGAUUCCGAAUUUUAUCUUGUUGUGAAGGUCCGCGCACCACAACAGAUCAUUGCUGGAAAGCCUUCGUCAAGGUCUGGGUCCUUUGGACAAUCAACUCCAUCUUUCUCCAAAGAUAAGCCGCCCUCUUCCGCCGGACCAAAGACUUCUAGGAGAAGUUUGAUGUGGGGUUCUACAAGAUCAGCGUUCUCUAGAGGAGGACUCAAGCUUGAUGCACUUUCCGAACAUCCCAACGAGCGACUUCAAAGCAAUGGGAAUGUUUCGACGCGUGACGGUAUAGCCCCUCCGAGUACCGCAGGUUCGGUCUCAGGACGCACUUCCAUGGAAGGCCCGCAGCAGGUCCAAAUUGCCGCCAAUCGGCUGGUUGGCGUGGGCGUGCUCAAUCUCAAAUCCAUAAUGAAAGAAGGAGAAGAGUCGGAACAAGUAGUCACUAUCUGGUCCCCAAGCUCAGUGGCAAGCCCGGAACCACUCGAAACAUCUAAAGGGUGGGACGAUCUUAUCCGUGAUGCACUAGAUAGCGAGUCUGGCCAUUACGAGAACUCACGAAGGGCAGAGCGAUUGCUUAUUCAUUUCAAGUCUUUUGAUCACCCUGAUGCAGAUAUCCUUAUUAAAUCUACUCCCACGCUGCUAUCUGGCAUUGACAAGACCAAUAAAAUGGGGUUCUCAGGGGCACCGACAAAACCACGCUCUGAUAUCUAUAUUACUAUCAACGAGGCUUUAUUAGCUCGACAAAAUCUGAUAUCACGGUAUGGAGGUAGCGCCACUUCCAUAUCCAGCAAUAUGCUCGGAAAUAACCUAGUUGUGUCAGUCAAUGUGCGACGUCAGUCUGGGGAGCGAAUAGAUUCCUGCAUAUUCCCGUCUUCAAACUCACAACCUUAUACAACUUGGACAUCUUUUGCUGUCCAACGUGGCGAACGAUGGAGCCAGACUUUACGAUUAUCUCUAUCACCCCCUGAUGUUACCACCUCCCAUGUUGUGCUCACAGUAUCAGAACUACCGAAUACACCUUUCGCCAUGGCGUAUCUACCCCUUUGGGAUCACCAGGCGUUCAUGAGCGACGGCUUGCAUUCGCUGCUGUUGUAUAGAGUUGACGAGCAUACACAGAGUGCGCAACCUGACUCUAUGGGCCGAGGCGGAUAUCUGUCUCUUCCUUGGAGUGCCCGUACUGAUUCCUCAGAGGUAACGGGGCCCCUUGCAGUUCUCCGUGUGGAGACGUACCUUUGCAGCACCAGAUUCUCCCAAGAUCGUACAGUUCUCAGUCUACUAAAAUGGAGAGACGGCCCAAAAAGCGAGGUUUCCACUUUGCUACGCCAGCUGAUUUUCGUUCCAGAGAUCGAAGUUGUCAAACUCUUGAAUGACGUCCUCGAUGCUCUCUUCAGCAUUCUGGUCGAAUACCAAGGGAAUGACGAGUUUGAGGAUUUAGUUUUCACCGCAUUAGUGAGGGUACUAGGAAUAGUGCAUGACCGGCGAUUUAAUGUGAGCCCUUUGGUCGACCUCUACGCAGAGAAUAUCUUUAAUUACCCAUUUGCGACACCUUGCCUCGUCAGGUCGUUUACACGAUUACUGACCAAGCCCACCGAGCCAGAGACAGCCCGGAAACUUCGCGCCACACUGAAAGUUGUGCGGCACAUUCUCAAGUUUAUAACUCAUGCACGGGGACAGCAAAAGGCCAAGGAAGCCGGAAUUGGGAUCACCGGUUCUACUCCUGGCUUCACUAGGCACCUGCAGAGUAUUUUUAAGGCUCUCGAUUCAAUGAUGCGUAGUACCGCACCAGUGUUAGUGGGUAGCCAGACACUCGCUGUUCAGCAUUUUCACACGUGGUUGCCUGAGCUUGCAGGCUUGCUUACCACCGAGGAGAUACUUCAUAUUGCCAUUGACUUUAUGGAUUCCUGCGCUUUAGUCAAGGGGAAGCUGGUACUUUACAAACUUAUACUAAUAAUUAAUUACUCAAAACUGGACCUUUUCUCUCAGCCUGAGCAGCGUUCAGCCCUAAGCGCCAACACAGUCAGGUGGAUUGCCCCUCAUUGGGGUCAAACUGACGAGGUCACACAGCAAUGGAGAGACCAGGUCAGGCUGUGCUGCUCAGUGUUGGCAAGUCAAAUCCCCUACCUCAACUCAGAGAUUCCUGACUACAUACCGAAGAUAGUGGAUUCGUUCUUGGCCAUCCAAUCCUCUGAGCAGAAACCAAAGGAUAGAUUUUCGUUCCUUUUCCCCACUUCAUAUCCGUUCCCAAGCAAGCCCCUACCAGGAGAUCCAGUGAAAUUCGACGAAGCCCUAAUCGAACUUUCUACCUUACUAUCUGCAUCAUCGAGCUCACCUAAUGGGAUGCAGCUCGAGCUGUCUGUGGAUGACAUCACGGCCGUACUGAAGAAUACUCUUCAAGUCCACCUGAGCAUUUUACAGGGCGAAGCAUUCCCCUCGAAUUGGCUUAGUGUAUAUACCUACCACCACAAAUCCACCAUGAAGAUGUUGCAGUACCUCGCUGGCAUUCUUCUAGAUUCAGCUUUACCUCAUCCUGAUGAUGCCGAAGAUUUUGACACAGAACUUUGGCGCUUAUUCUUCAUGACACUGCUCAAACUCGUAGGGAGUGGAUGCUUAGCACUUGAGACUUUCCCAGAGCAGAAGCGAAGGGCUGUCUGGAAAAUCGCCGGUGACGUUCGAGAGCAUGGUGCUGAACUGCUUAGACGAACCUGGGAGGCCGUCGGCUGGGACACGAGUGCUGAUGAACGGAUGCGCUAUGGACUCUCGAAAAUGGGCGGCUACCAAGUCCAGUAUGUGCCAAGCCUCGUCGGCCCAAUCGUUCAGCUUUGCCUGAGUGUUCACGGGGGUCUUCGAAAAGUGGCAGUGGAGGUCCUGCAAACCAUGAUCGUCAGUGAAUGGACUCUCAGUGAGGAUUUAUCUGUCAUUCAGACCGAGUUGAUUGACUGUCUGGAUAAGUUUUUCAAAGAUCAGGCAAUGACCGAGAGCAUUAUGCAAAAGCUCUUCAUUAGUGAGCUACUCGAGUGUUUCAAUCCGCUGUCUCGUAUUGAGAAUGAUCCUCUCUAUGCUUCUAUCAGGGAGUUGAUCGACACACUUGACGUCUUCUUGGAUUUGUUGGUAGCCGCUCAUACUGGCGAUAUUAAUGGAGAAGCUUCCAGCCUUAUGAACCGCCUUGAAUUAAUGGAGUUUCUUCGAGACAUGCAUAAAGAAGAUAUUUUUAUUCGAUAUGUGCAUCACCUUGCGACAUUACAACGUGGCAUAGGGUAUCAUACAGAAGCUGGCUUGGCGCUACGCCUGCAUGCAGACUUGUAUGACUGGGAUCCCACUACGUUAACACCUGCGUUGCCCGAGCCACCUUUCCCAGAGCAAUCACAUUUUGAACGCAAAGAGCACCUAUACUUUGAGAUGAUCAAACACUUCGAAGAUGGAGAAGCAUGGAGCAGCGCCCUUGCUGCCUACAAUGAACUACGAGAACAAUAUGAGAGCAAUAUAUUCGAUUUCGCGAAGUUAGCAAGGACAGAGAGAGCCAUUGCCACGAUUUACGAAACUCUAGCCAAGGGCAAUAGGCUUUUGCCCAAAUAUUUCAAGGUUGUGUUCAAAGGUCUCGGCUUCCCCCCCAAUAUACGGGACAAAGCCUAUGUUUAUGAAGGUUCGCAUAGGGAGCGGGCUACUGCUUUCACAGAUCGCAUGCAGGAGCAAUAUCAAGCUGCACAUAUUCUUACCAACGGAGACGUCGAUAGUGAGGUUGAAGGACAGUACCUGAUUGUCUCAGCAGUUUCCCCCCAUCGCGAUUUACGGCACCAAGUCUUCCAGCGCGGUCGUGUUGCACAGCCCAUACGCGAUUUUCUUCUUUCGAGUAAUCCUCAGACAUUUUCCGUAUCUUCCAAGCGGAACACAAGUGGACCUGUAGAGGAACACUAUGCUGAAAAGAUUGUCUACACCACUAGUGAAGCAUUUCCCACGAUCUUGAGACGGAGUGAGAUCAUCGAAGUUGAGCAUAUCAGAUUAAAUGCCAAAGAGACCGCAUUGGAAAGAAUCGUGCGAAAAACCCAAGAGAUGACGGCGGUUGAACGACAGUUGGCAGACAAUGGAGGCAAUAACGAUCUAGCCCAGCUGAUGGUUGGUGCAAUUAGUGUAUCUGUUUUGCCAGAAUCGGAAUCCAGUGUUGCUUGCUAUCGAAAGCUACUGCCUGUUGUUGACUUAGAAGACCCGGACGAAAUGAAACCCGAGCUGAGUAAUCAGGAAAACGCAAUCAGGACCGCACUGAUUGAUCAUGCUAUCAUGAUCAAGCGUUCUCUUACAAGCUUUGUGGGAAGCUCAAAUCAGAUUCUGGCUAAGGGCUACCAAGAUCUGUAUCCACAUUUCAUAUCAACCUUCGCACCAGAGAUAGCCAUAUUUGCGCCUCCUCAACCACAGGGAGAUGCUAUCCCUGGGAGUUCGCUGGGCUGGCAACGAUCGUCACCUACACGGGAAAGUGGGCAGUUCAAAGGAAAUAUACGUACUUCGUUGACCAAUGGUACCGCCAUUGUGGAAGAAGCGUCCACUGUGCAGCCAAUAGUCAUGCGACAGCACGGCUCUCGACUCAGUUUCCUAGGUGGAAAGCCAAAGAGCUCCCAGCAAUCAGGUGGGGAAAACUCUGGUUCAACACUCAUGGUAGGAGAUGGCAGCGAAUCCAAUAGUCAAUACAGCAAAGAAAACCUAGGCCGGGUAUUACGAACGCAGUCAAUUGAUACCAGUUCAAGCACCAACCAUCACUAUAGGAGCAGUGUUGAUGCUGGACCAUUAGCGUCUGUCUCGGACCGUUCGCGCAAGAGUAGGGAGAUAGCUGAGUUUCCCGAGGGAGAUUUCAGCCGAGGAGAAGGCGGUGUUCUGAGAAUCAAUUCGGUGAGAAAACGACUGAGUAUAUUGAAGCUGGGGAAAAAGCCGAGCAGAUCUAAUGGGAUCAUGGGCGGCCUGAGCGAAGAGCAAUGAUCACUGAGGGCAAUGCAGAGAUGAGUUGUAGAAUAUCCCCAGCACCUGUCCGUUGAUGAACCGCGACUUUAGGCUUUAGGAUACCAAAGAGUUUUGAUAUGAGACCAGUCCAAUGGGAUGUAUACAAUAAAUGCAUAGGCAGCGAGUGCUCUGCUUGA